ACCUGCAUUUAAUGCAUUUCAUUGCCCUUUUCCACACUACAUAUAUCCCCAGUAUGAUUCAUUGCCAAUCCCACAACCCUAGCUACCAUUACAAAGUUACAACUAUUCUCUCUCAAAUCUGAUAAAUACCCUAUUCAUAAGCUCUCGCAAAGAACGAAAAAGAAGGGGAAAAAAUUGUCAAUAUGUCUAAGUUUCUUGUUUAUCUUUUGGUUUGUCUUUCUCUCCAUGCAUGCAGUGCUAGACCACUUGCAACAACUACUGAUGAAGAAAACAGAAUACAGCUCUUUGCCAAGGAUGUAACAUUUUUGACAAGGGACACAUUUAAAACAGAAGGAAGAAUCACGUCUGAAAAUAAUGGAAGUGGAAGUCGGGAUGAUGCAAAACUUAUGUGGAAAAAGAGAUCAAAUGUCUCACGAAAGGAAGAUGGAGAAGAAAUUAAAGGAAACAAAGUCAUGACAAUUCAAGAAGGAGCUCAAGUAAAGACGUUGUGGAGGCAGUCACGAGUUAUUCUAGAAACUCCACCAUCAGCACAACAUGAGGAAGAAGCAGUGAACUCCAUUGAAAAAGACCCUGUGGAAGACGUGGUGGUUAUGGACUAUGCUCAACCCCAUCGAAAACCACCUAUUCACAACACUAAACACUAGAUUUAUAUAUUUAUAUCUUAGUAGAUGAAAAAACAUACUUAUAUGUAUUUUGCUUUCUCGUUUAUAUAUAUACGUGAGUCUGUCGGUUUUCAGUUUGUUUUUUUCGCAAAUGAAGGAGAAUCCUACAUAAGAAAGAAUACUCGUAUAUGAUACGAUAUUCCAUAUAUGUACAAAUAGAAAUUCUAAGAAAUGCAAAAGCCCUAGCAAGAAAUA